AGAUUAUUUACAAGAUGAGCUUUCUUUGGUUGAUUGUUUGUUUGUCUCCCGUAUUGUUUGCGGAGGGCCAAUUGUACGGUAACAUUUACACGUGCGACCUACAAUACGUUAAGCCUGGCUCCGACUUUCAGAUACCUUGCAAAUCAGAUUAUGCAGCAGCUACCAGGAUCUACCAGCCCGGCGAAGCAGUGCCCUCGGAUGAACAGCUAGCUGCUGAUUCCUUGUUCAAAUCACGUGCUGAAAGAACUACAACUAUAAACGAGUAUGAAGACGCAACUAAAGGGGUGGAUGACGGUUUCUACACGUGUGUUAUCCAGCACGGUCCUCGCCAUGAACUACUUUACUCUCUAGAUACCUGUCAGGUGAUCAUAGUGGACCUGUGUGAGGACUCCGGGUGCGGAGACAAGGAGAUCUGUGAACCUGACUACAGUACAGGAACUGUGGAAUGUACCUGUGAUUAUAAGUGCCCCUUUGCUUUUGAUGCCCUCUGUACUGAUACGUGUGAGGUGUUCUGGCAUGAAUGUGCUAUGGAAGAGAGGGUGUGUGAGGAUGGGAAGGAUAGGCAGAUCGCUCAUCGGGGGUUCUGUGCAAAUCGAGUGGAGCCAACAAUCAGGGACAUUGACCAGGAAAUUGAAGCAGAGUUAGGCGAGUUUGUUACAUUAGCGUCCGGACUGAUAAAAGACGGAACACCCAUGGCAACAGUUCACUGGGUAUUCUACCCUGACAAUGGAGAACCCUCUUACUUGUCUGUAAGGGAGAAUUACAGGUUCCAAGUGACUGAGGACUCGGUGGGGACCUACAGAAUCACCCUGACUCACUGCAUGAACACGGAGACCGCUGUUCGUAACGAGUAUAGGUUUGGAAUCAAGAGAGUGACAACCUCUCCUCCAGUGGACACCACCUCCCCCACACCUGCCUAUGAUCUGCCUGGACAACUGAAGGCAGGAGGACCACCUGGUUACACUUGUAGUGCUUUCUCCGGCGGAGUCCUGGAAGACUUCAACAGCAGGGCCCACUUCUACGACCUCUCCUGCACUCAUAUACUAGCAGCUGACCUCAUGCCUGGAGGAUACUACAUAGACCCUUGGUUUAUUUACGGUACCUUUGAUAUCCUGGACGGUAAGACCGCUCUCAUGCACAUGACCUUCUACCUAGGUAGGAACAUAUUUGAGGUUCAGAGAGGUUGGAUCGUGCACACAGGGUCGGGGAACAAGAUGGAACUGGACGAGGGGGUGGAACAGCUGGUUCCUAACACUGAGUGCACUGUUAACUACUCUGAUCUGCAUAUUCAGGUGAACUGCCCUCUGUUCGAGGCGUACUAUGACGGGCUCAUGUCCGGACACAUCAAGCUAAAGGGUGACGCUGGAACUGAAGACCUGAGAAAAGGAAGGGGGAACUUAGGACUUUGCUUUGACAGUAAUUCAGGGUGGAGACCUAACUGGCAGAUAGGAAGGAUGAGAGGGCAAUGUAAGAUAGACGUAGAGGAGCCCUCGUGUGAGUCAGAGGGGCCGGACACGUGCCAGCUGUCUCGAGCUCCACAGACCGAGGGGAGCGAGUGGUCCCCGUGCGGGGUGGGAGCUGAAGGAGCUUGCAAGGAGCUGAACUGUGGUGGAGCCACCCCUACCCCUCAACAGAAGUGCGCUCUGCAGAAAGCCAACAGAAUCAAUUGCAGUUUGAAGCUGGGGAGAGGUUUGUUUGGAUUUGACGCUGAGUGUCCGGAAGAGGAAUGCGACUGGAAACAGGCUGUAUAUUCUCAGGGCUGCCCCCAGGAGUAUCUUCCCUUUGACUGCUCUUGAGUGUUACUACUUCUAGUUAAUACUAGUUACCUUAGUAGUAGCUUCUCAUACUUCUUAUUAUUAUCUUAUGGGCGUGUGACUGGACUUCAACACUAGAAUUGAAUUAAUUUAAUAUGAAGCAAGAACAAACAUUCCGUCGUAUUUUAUAAAUUAUUUUAGAUGUUCAUUGUUCAUUUUGGUUUAAAAUUUGUUCUUUUCUAAACUGUACGUUUUAAAGAAUACACGUGUUGAACGAAAAUAAAUUUCAUAAAUUUUAACCUAA